AACGCGCCCCACGCGCCGAAUGUUGGGAUGCUGGGGCUUUAUUAGGGUUUCGCGAAGUCGCUGGAUGGAUUGCUUGGUGGCCGCCAUGGCCAAAUUUCGUAUCAAAGUCAUCUGUUUGCUACGAUUUUCUCAUCUACUUCAUGGGUAUCUCUACGUCGGAGGUUAAUUUUGGACUUCAAGCUUUUCCCAAGACCUGUGAAGCAUUUCCAGACCAAAUUUCUACCAGGCAAGAUUCGGGUUUGCUGAAUUUGAUCUCAAAUUUUGCCAAUACAAUCCCCUUUCCCAGGUUGAAUUCAUGUUCUAAUGCAUAUCCUGCGCAGCUACGUGUUCUAUCUUGUAGACUUUUGGUUAUCUUUUUCUUUCGUUAUUCUUUCUUUGCUCGUGUUAAUCUUCAGCAGGUAAGGAAAACUUGUGGAUCAUUAUCUAUUAGUGAUUCUUAUCUGAUCCUCUUAAACCAUAAUUGUAUUUCCUUUGUUUCUUGGAUGAUUGAAUGAUCCGCCCAUUUUUGUGGGAUAUAUUAUUGCUUAGUAGCUACUUUGAUUGAUAAACUGAUAUGGGAAUCUAUAAUCAACCCAAGGAAGAUGACUAUACACAUGUCAGUUGUUAUGAUUAAUGCGAUCAGGACAAAACUGGAGGAUUGCACCUCCACUUUUUUAGAUUUCAUUAGUAUGUCAUGAAAGUUCUCUCAUGGAAUAGCCAGGGGAGUGCCUAGGAGGGCUUUGUGGCACAAACUCAUUUCUAUGUUUCUUGCUAUGAUGUUGAUGUACUUUUUAUUUUUGACACUAGGGCUCAUUCUGAUGUCGUUUUAAAUAAAUUGAAAAAUCUGCUAUUUGACAAAUCUUAUGGUAUUUCAGCUGUAGGGCAAUGUGGUGGUUUAGUGAUUCUUUGGAAAUAAAAUUCAGUUGUUAUUGAUGUGGUUGAACCUUAUCAUGAUAGAUUGAUCCAUUGUCUGAUUAAACAUUUGGUCACUUCCAAAUCUUAUUAUACGACUUUUGUCUAUGCUUAUCCUCAAAAAGAUAAGCAAGAGAUGCUAUGGAACAAACUUGCUAGUCUUCAGCCCCCCAAUGAUGAAAGUUGGAUACUAAUUGGAGAUUUUAAUAUUAUUACCAGCCUUGAUGAAAAGCUUGGUGGCAAUCAAGUGUUUACUCGGUAUAUGGUUAAUUUCUGUGAUUUUUUAAACAACAUGUUUAUUCUCUGUGAGAGCUUCUGGUUUGCCUUAUACUUGGACUAAUAAACAUGAGGAUGACACUCUUAUGUUUGAAAGACUUGAUAGAGCUUGUGUUAAUGUAAAUUUACUCAAUGACUGUCCAGAAAUUAGUCUGGAAAACCUUCCUAUCAUAGGGUCAGAUCAUGGAUCAAUUUGCCUUACUUUAAAUGGGAUCAGAAGGAAAAAAGCUAAAGGCUUUAAGUUUGAGGCCAUUUGGCUUUCCCACAAAGAUUUUAAACCUUUGGUGGAAAAGUUUUGGAACCAGAGAGUUAAUGCUAAUCCUCUACUAAAUUUUGUGACUAUUACAGGUCAAUUUGCCAACCAAGCUAAAGCUUGGAAUAAGAAUAUUUUUGGGAAUCUGUUCAGGAAGAUAGAAGAUUUAAAUGAAAGAAGUCAUGACAUUCAACAACAGCUAAUACUGUCACCUAUGUCUUCUUACCUAAAGGAGCAUGACUUGAAGAUCAGAGAUGAACUCUUACAGCUAUAUAGAGAAGAAGAGAUGUACUGGGCUCAAAAGGCAAAAGUUAAUUGGCUUAGCCUAGGAGACAUGAAUACCAGGUUUUUUCAAACUCAUGCUAAUAUUAGGCGGAAAAGCAACUAUAUAUUCAAAAUUAUGGAUAAUACUGGAAACUGGGCUACCUCUGAACAAGAUAUUGCUGAUGUCUUGGUCCAUGAGUUCAAGAAACAGUUUCAUUUGGAUUGUGUUCUGAUUAUUCUUGAGCAUUGUAUUGAUGAUAUUGACAAUGAACUCCUGUUAAAACAGAUUACAGAUGAUGAAAUUUGGGAAGCGGUUAAUGCUAUUGGAGCUCUUAAAGCCCCAGGACCAGAUGGUUUACAUGCUUCAUUUUAUCAAAAUUGUUGGACAGAAGUGAAAGACACAGUUGUCCCCAUGAUUAAAGGACAGAGAAUUAACUGCCACAAGUCUUCUCUAUAUUUCUCUCCAAAGGUAAAACUCUGCUCUGAAGAAUGAAAUAGUUAAUAUUAUGAACAUCCAACAGAAAUCCACUAUUGGCCGUUAUCUUGGUAUUCAUAAUGUUCUUUUUUGGAAAGAUCCUAUCAAUGCAAAAGAAUUACUACUUAAGAUUACCAACAAGCUUGCAGGCUGGAAAAAGGGAACGCUCUCAAGAGCAGGGAGAUUGACCCUUAUAAAGUCAAACUUGGCUUCUGUACCUAAUCAUGUUAUGUCUUGUUUCAAAUGUCUCACAAAGCUCACUAUGAGCAUAGAUAAACACUCUAGGGAUUUUUUAUGGGGUUCCAAUGUGACAUGCCCUCCUGUAGCUUGGGAACAAGUUUGCCAACCCAAGUCUGUAGGGGGUUUGGGUAUUAGACCCGCAGCUUUUUUUAACAAUGCAGCUUUAGCCAAGCUUGCUUGGAAAGUGAUUACUGACGAGCAAAAUUGGUGGUCACAAAUUAUCAAGAAAAAAUAUUUAUCUAAAGUUUCUUUUUUCCAAGCCAGGAAGAAGCAGAGGAAUUCUAAAGCUUGGAAUGGAAUCUUGGACACUAGGGAUUUGAUUUUGAAGGGAAUGAGAUGGAUCGUUGGAAAUGGUAAGCAAAUUAAAUUUUGGACUUUUAAUUGAGUUUUGAUUACCCCUUGUUAAAUCUUCUACCAUCUAAUAGACAUAGGAAUAUUAAUUUGGAUGAAUAUGUUGAAGAUUAUAUUAGUAAUGGCAUGUGGAACAGAGGUAAACUUACUGAUAUUUUGGAUCAAGAUGUUAAAUAUAUACUUGGUAUUCCUAUACCAGUUUCUGAACAGGAGGAUAGCUUUGUUUGGGGGCCCUCUUCAAAUGGUAAGUUUUCAAUUAAGUCUGCCACUUGGAUGCAAUAUGAUCAGGUGCAUAAACAUGAUCAAAUUCAGCUUUUAAAUAAGAUGUGGAAACUUGAUAUACAACCAAAAAUUAAAGUUUUUGGCUGGUUACUCAUUAGAGGAAGACUUAAAACUAGGGAUAGAUUAUCCCGAUUCGGUAUGAUUGAUGAUAACUCUUGCUCUCUUUGUUCUAAUGACAAUGAAACUGCUGACCAUUUGUUUGGUUAUUGUGACUUUACAAAGGAAAUUUGGAGAUUAUCUAAUAUUGUCUCCCCAAUUGACUUGAAAGAAGGUUACCUUAAAGUUUUUAAGGAACUUUUUAUUUCUCAGCCGUAUGAUGCUGAUUUAUUUGCAAGAAUAAUGACUAUUUGUUUGGCAGAUUUGGAAAACCAGAAAUGAUAGAAUCUUUAGAGGAACAGUAGCUAAUCCAUUAGCAACAACCAUGGCAGCUAAUUCAUUGUUUAUGAAUUGCAUUAAUCUUAGCAAAAGUUCUAGUGCUGCACAAUCUCAAACCUUUCCAGCCACUAUUAGGUGUCGUGCACCUUCUAGCUCUUGUGUUAAGAUUAAUUUUGAUGGUUCCGUUAAUAGAAAUUCAGCGGCUAGUGGCUUUAUUAUCCGAGAUGCAAAUGGAAGACCACUCUCUGUUGUAGCCAGCUCGGUGGGAAGAGCCUCGGUUCCUGUUGUAGAGGCGCUUGCACUGAGAGACAGCCUUAUUGAUGCAAAGGCUAAGGGACUUAUGAAGCUUGAAGUUGAAGGAGACUCGAAGCUUGUGAUUGAUGCAGUAAAUGGUCAAAUUGAUCCACCCUGGAGGAUAAUCAAGCUUGUAGAAGACAUUCGAAGGAUUGCUAUGAGCUAUAAUUCUAUUAUCUUUACUCAUGUUUUUCGUGAGGUCAACUUUGUGGCUGAUGCUUUAGCUAAUUUAGGUUAUUCUAGCACUUCUACUCUAUGUUGGAAUGAUAGGGUACCAUUUGAGGCUUCUAGAGCCUUAUUAUUUGAUCUUGUAAACUCUGGAUGUCCUAGAGGCUUUUGUCUAUAAGUUUUCUUUUCCAUCAAAAAAAAAAA